AUGAUGCUCUCCGGCGAGAACGACCACGCAUGGAGACGGGAGUACGGCGCGUACGCGCGUGUCUGCCUCGGACGCCGGCAAGAGGAAGCCCCUGUCGUGGUCUAUUUCCACAGUAGCAGCUCCUGCAUCAGCUCCUACGUGUGGUCGAUCUUCCACGUCGCCUCCACCAAGCUCACCGUAGGGCUGGGCACCAUCGUUCUGUCUACAAACUACCACCUCGUGUCGGAGCACCGCCUGCCUGCCACCAUCAACGUCACGGUCAUGGUCCUCCUUUGGCUCCACGAUGAGGCCGGGGCCGACCCCUGGCUCGCCGAGGUCGCUGACGUGAGCAGAGUCUUCAUCGCCUGUGAAUCAGCAGGAGGUGUCCUCGCGCACCACAUGAAGGUCCACUUCUCCGGCGCGUCGACCGCGCUCCAACAGUCUCCCGAUGGGGCGGAAGACGAGCUCCUGGUGGGGCAGAGGCCGAGCUCGCGGUGGGACUCGACGAUGCACGACGGGAGGGUGGGGUGGUGGCGACCGGUAGAGGUCGUCGCUUGGGUGCUGGGUUGGCGCAGGAAGGAGAUUCCCUGCGCGGGAACUUGA